GUUAAGUUCCUGCACAGAACGCUCCUGAAACUAGCAACUUUCACAGAAGGCAUCCUUAUCCUUGGCGGAGAACUUAACCUACCUUUGGACCCAAUAGCAGACACCUCCACUGGACAUAGCACAGUAGCACAAACAGCAAUCAGAACACUCCGCAGAACGCUGCUUGAUUUGAGACUGGUGGAUGCUUGGCGAGCACUCCAACCAGACGGCCGAGACUACACGCACUACUCGACCUUCCACAGGCGAUACUCGCACAUUGACUAA